UGUUUGAAUGGGGUUCAUUCUUGAUUCUUUAACUUUGAAUGUGAAUGUUUAUGUUGAAUGAUCAUGUCUUUUUUUUGUUGAUUCUGAUUGGUUUGUUUGAUGUAAAAAGAUUGUUUUUUUCCUUUUCUAGGUGUAUAUGUGUAUAUGUUUAGUGUUGUUUCUGGUUGUUUUUGCAUGUGUUUGUGUUCUUGAUGAUGAGAAAUGGUGUUGGGCAAUGUGGAUUACAAGUUUUCUUUGAUUUUUUCUUUUUUUGGAUUAAUGGGUAUUUGUUUCUUGAAAUGGUUUGUUUAUAGAGGGCGGUUUUGGAAUCAAUGGGGUUUUAGAUUUUUUUUUUUUUUUUUUUUUUGGUAAAAAACAAAACAUUGAGUUCUCUUGUUCUACUACACUUGUGAGUGUUUUUGGUUUUCGAUAAUGAAGCAUCAUAAAUGAUUUUAAUGUGAAUGUAUAUCGUUAGUUUGAUGAUGAUUCCUGUUCAUUUUUUAGGAGAAAGAUUGUUCCUUUUUUUUUUUUUUUUUUUUUUUGGGUAAAAAACAAAACUUUGAGUUAUCUUGUUUUACACUUGUGAGUGUUUUUGGUUUUUAAUGAUGAAGCAUCAUAAAUGAUUUUAAUGUGAAUGUAUAUCAUUUGUCGGAUGAUGAUUCCUGUUCAUUUUUUAGGAGAAAGAUUGUUUUUUUUUUUUGGGUAAAAACAUAAUUUUGAGUUCUCUUGCUUUACACUUGUGAGUGUUUUUGGUUUUCGAUGAUGAAGCACCAUAAAUGAUUUUAACGUGAAUGUAUAUCAUUUGUUGGGUUGCUGCAGAGUUUUAAUGAAUUUUAGGUUUGAGUGCUUUAUUAGGUUCGGAUACUUUAUUCGAGAACAUUGGUGUUCUUGAAUCAGUUUCAUUACCUGAUUUCUUUCUAGGAUGGAGGUUAAAUUCUUAUCUUCUGAUGCCAAGAGAUUACUUCUUUUGUUUUCAAAUAAAAAAAUGUUGAUUUUGCAUGUUUUUGAUGGAAGAAAGUUGAUUUUUUUUCUCUCAACAACAGCAACAACGACAUACCCAGUGUAAUCCCACAAUUGGGGUCUGGGAAGGGUAAAGUGUACGCAGACCUUACCCUUACCUCGGGAGGUAAAGAGGUUGUUUCCGCUAAACCCUAGACUCAAAGAAUGGGCAAAAAGUACCCAUGUACAAGAAGUAUACCAAAAAGUAGAAAACCUUACAAAAAAAAAAAACAUAUGGUUCUGUACGAACCUCGUUGGUGCAAGGCAAUAAGGAAUAAGAGGCUAUUCCUCAAGUGUACAAAAUCCCUUUCCAUUCUAUAAAAGCUCUCCCGGUGUUUACUUUCAUGUUGAGUGGAAGGGCAUGUGAGCAUAUAUGUUUUGUCGUAUUUUGGAUUAGAAUCGUUUUGGGGCAUUAACUUUGUUAGAAUGUAGGAUAUCUCCUAUAUCGGAUAUAUAUGGGCAUCCGAGGAGGUUUCUAAUUCCCCACUCAUUCCCCGCAAGGUUUUAAGUUUGGUGCGUAGGUUCUUUUACAUGUUAAAAGAGCCAUGCUUUAGUAAACCUGUUUUCACAAUAAUUCUCUCUAAGCUAUUCUAUUGCAUUGGUCAUAAGAUAUAUAAGGCGUUUAUAGAGGUCUUAAUGCUUCCCUCAUAGCUUUAGCUAGUCAAACAUCCCGCGCUUCGCGCGGUUAUUUAAAAAUAUUAGUGAAUUUAUCGAGCAAUUAUUUUCUAAAUUAAAUACGAUUUGAGAAGUUAAACAAAUUCUUUUACAACUAUGGUUUUUGAAGCAUUCCUUAAAUGUUAUAAGCUAUCAAGAAUGUAAUUUACUUUGCUUUGCGCAUGUUCUAAAUAUAUGAACAUAUUUCACAAAAGGAAAAAAAUUCAAUAACCAAAUCUGAAAUGACAAAGUCUAUAUGCUAAUCAUUAUUCUUAAUUCCAACACUCAUUUUGAUGUAGAAGUAAUGGAAAGAGAGUGGUUAGAAGUUGUGGUUAUAAGUGCGUGGUUUCAUUUUAAAUAGAAAAUGCGUGUAAAAAGGUGUUUGUCUUCCUUGCUUUUUCUCCCUUUUAUUUCUUACAUCCAUCCUUUAAUGUCCCGAUGUAGGAAUCUUCACACUCCCAACGCAACACAAGCAGAUAGUGAAAAAAAAAUUAAGAUAUAUGUUUGUCUUUCUUGCUUUUUGUCAUUUCUAUUUCUGAAUUCCAUCCUUUAAUGUGCCGAUGCGGGAAUCUUCAUACUCCCAUCGCAACACAAGCAGAUAGUGAAAAAAUUUAAGAUAUAUGUUUGUCUUCCAUGCUUUUUGUCGUUUCUAUUUCUGACUUCAAUUGUAAUUACUCCCUUACCAUUAGUUAAAGAGGAGGAGUGGAAAUUUGUUUGGUCAUUGAUGAAGAAGCAUUUAUAUUUCAUUAAUUGCUGCAACCUUUCCGUUUUUUUUUUGAAGGAAGAGAACACACCUUUUGAGGAGGAAGAGACCUAGGGCUGGCAAGUUUACAUCCAGGUUUUGGUUUUGAGUUGACUGUCCACAGUCCAAGCCCAGACUUGGCUAGUCAGGUUUGCGGAGAGUUUAGAUGGAGCGUGAUCUAAAUAUUGAGCUGCAAGUGCCAGAAGGUUCUUUGAGGGGCAUAAAUUUCAAUAUCUUAUCAGAGACUGAUGCAGCCAAAUUGUCAGCUAAGGUAAUUGGAGCAGUUAAUGAAGUAACAGAUCCCGCAUUGGGAUUUCCAAAUCCAAUCUUUGAGUGUUCGACAUGUGGUGCAAAAGAUGGGAAAAACUGUGAAGGUCACUUGGGAUUAAUAAUCUUUCCAUAUACAAUUCUGAAUCCGUAUUUCGUAUCGGAGGUUGCUCAGAUCCUGAAGAAGAUAUGUCCAGGGUGUAAAUCUGUCCGUCGUGAUAAGGUCAAGGGUGCUGAUAGGACAUCUGCCUGCAAAUACUGUGAUGGAGUUUUAAGAGGCUAUCCACCAACGAAAUUUAAAGUAUCUCCUAGAGACACGUUUGGGAGGACUGCCAUUAUAGCGGAAGUUAAUGAAAAUUUGUUAAAGAAGCUUCAGCAUACUUCUGGAGGAAGUUUGGCAUCUGACUAUUGGGAUUUCAUUCCAUAUGAUGCACAACAAGAUGCAAGCUUAAAUUCUUCCAAGUACAAAAGAGUUUUAUCACAUGCUCAGGUAUAUAGCAUUCUGAAAGAUGUUGAUCCAGGGUUUCUUGAAGGACUUCUCAAAAGGAAGAACUCAAUCUUCCUUAAUAGCUGCCUUUUGACUCCUAAUUGUCAUCGAGUUACUGAAUUUGGGCAGCAUAUGAUAUUUGAUGAAAGUAAUAGGCAUUUCAGAAAGAUGAUUGACUUUAGAGGAACAGCAAAUGACUUGAGCGUGUGUGUUUUAGAUAGAAUUAAAGCUUCCAAGAUACGUGCCGAGAGAUCGAUAAUCAACGAUCCUAAUGCCCCUGCUACUGGUUUGAAGUAUGUGAAAGAACUAGUUCUGGCAAAACGCACUAAUCAUGCUUUCCGCAUGGUUGUGGUUGGUGAUCCUAACAUAGAGCUAGGUGAAAUUGGUAUUCCCCGUCAUGUUGCGGAGAAUCUCCACUUUGCAGAACCUCUAAGUUCGCGGAAUUGGGAAAAGCUGACUGAUCAAUGUGAUCUUAUGAUUCUUCAGAAGGGAAGGAUUGUCGUCCGCAGAAAUGGUGUCUUAGUUCCCAUUAGUGUAAUGGACCAGUUGCAUAGAGGGGAUAUUAUAUAUAGACCUCUUAUUGAUGGAGAUGUUGUGUUGAUAAACCGACCUCCGUCUAUUCAUCAACAUUCACUAGUUGCUCUGUCUGUUAGGAUUCUUCCAAUAAAUUCUGUUCUUUCAAUUAAUCCCCUUGUCUGUUCUCCAUUCCGUGGGGAUUUUGAUGGCGAUUGCCUUCAUGGUUAUAUUCCCCAAUCAGUCGAUUCUAGGAUUGAGCUUAAUGAGCUUGUUGCUCUGAAUCAGCAGUUGAUUGACGGACAGAAUGGUCAAAAUCUUCUUUCAUUAAGUCAUGAUAGCUUAACUGCUGCUCAUUUAAUUUUGGAACAAGGAGUUUUCUUGGACCAGUUCCAGAUGCAGCAGCUACAAAUGUUUUGUCCCCGUCAAGCGGGAAUGCCUGCUAUCUUAAGAGCACCAUCAGGUAACAAGUGUUAUUGGACUGGGAAACAGUUAUUCAGCUUGUUUUUGCCAUCAGACCUUGAAUAUAAUUUUCCAUCAAAUGACGUCUGUAUUAGUGAGGGGGAAAUUGUGACAUCUUCUGGUGGGUCUUCUUGGCUGCAUGAUUCCAGUGAAAAUCUUUUUUAUAGUCUUGUUAAACGCCAUGGAGGUGAAACUCUUGGCUUCCUUUAUGCUGCACAGACUGUUCUUUGUGAGUGGCUGUCGAUGAGGGGCCUUAGUGUUUCAUUGUCCGAUCUUUACAUAUCUUCUAAUCCAUAUUCCCGCGAAAAUAUGAUCGAUGAGGUCUUUUCCGGUUUGCAAGAGGCAGAACGACUAUCGUAUAUCCAACUGCUGAUGAUUAAGUAUAAUAAGGAUUUCCUUGCUGGAAGCUUAGAAGAAAGCAAGAACUCCAUGGGUUUUGAUUUGGAGUUUAUGUCUAUCAUGCAGCAGAAAUCAGCUUCCCUGAGUCAAGCUUCUGCUACUGCUUUCAAGAAAGUUUUCCGGGAUGUCCAGAAUUUGGUAUAUAAUUAUGCCAGCAACGAGAAUUCAUUUCUGGCUAUGUUAAAAGCUGGGAGUAAGGGCAACCUCUUAAAACUGGUCCAACACAGCAUGUGUCUUGGUUUGCAGCAGUCUUUGGUUCCAUUAUCAUUUAGAAUGCCCCGCCAACUUUCUUGUGAUGCAUGGAACAAUCAUAAAUCACAUCGUGUUUUUGAGAAAGCUCAUAACAAUAUCCCAUGUGCUGUGGUUGAGAAUUCAUUUCUUGCGGGUUUGAAUCCUCUGGAGUGUUUUGUGCAUUCGUUAACCACCCGCGAUAGUUCUUUUAGUGGACAUGCUGAUGUUUCGGGAACUUUGAACCGUAAGCUUAUGUUUUUCAUGCGUGAUGUGUACGUUGGAUAUGAUGGAACAGUGAGAAAUGCUUACGGGAAUCAGAUUGUGCAGUUCUCUUACUAUGAAACAGACCGAAUUGCUUCUACUAAGGGCACUGGUGAUUCAGACCGAAUUGCUUCUCAUGCAAUUGGUGGUCAUCCUGUUGGUUCAUUGGCAGCCUGUGCCAUUUCAGAAGCUGCAUAUAGUGCUUUGGAUCAACCUGUCAGUGCACUUGAGUCAUCACCUUUAUUAAACCUGAAGAAAAUAUUGGAAUCUGGAGUAGGGAGUCGUAGUGGCGAGAAAACUGCAUCGCUGUUUCUUUCAAAAAGACUUGGCAGAUGGGCUUAUGGUUUUGAAUAUGGAGCUUUAGAGGUCAAGGGUCAUCUAGAAAGGCUUCUUCUUUCAGAUGUUGUUUCUACAGUAAUGAUAUGCUUCUCCUCUGAAACACAUAAAAGCUCUCACAGUAGUCCCUGGGUCUGUCAUUUUCAUAUAGAUAAGGAAAACGUGAAGACAAAAAGGCUUAAGCUGAGAUCAGUUUUAGAUGCUCUUAAUAUGAGAUAUCAUGCAGCAAGAAAGAAAGCUGGAACUGAUCUUCCAAACCUGCAUAUAACAUGCAAGGAUUGUUCAGUUGCUGAAGCGCGAAAAGAGAAUUCCAGAAUUUGCAUCACAGUUGCUGUGGCUGAGACCUCAAAGGAAUCUUUUUCACUUCUGGAUAGGCUGCGUGUUAGGGUGAUCCCAUUCCUUCUUGAGACGGUGAUCAAAGGUUUCUCCGCAUUUAAAAAAGUUGAUAUCUUAUGGAGAGAGUUGCCAAGUACAUCAAAAUCUGGCAGGGGCUCUACCGGGGAACUAUAUUUGCAGGUCUUCAUGUCUGAAAGUUGUGACAGAAUCAAAUUCUGGAAUGCGCUUGUGGAUAGUUGCCUCCAAAUAAGGGAAUUGAUUGAUUGGGAGCGCAGUCAUCCUGAUGAUGUCCAUGAUCUGACUGUAGCCUAUGGAAUUGAUGUAGCAUGGGAUUACUUUCUACGUAAACUACAUUCUGCCGUCUCUGAUACUGGCAAGAAAAUCCUUCCAGAACACUUGGUACUUGCAGCAGAUUGUCUCACAGCUACAGGAGAAUUUGUUCCCUUGAGUGCCAAAGGGCUGACGCUGCAAAGAAAGGCUGCUGGUGUUGUUUCGCCGUUUAUGCAAGCGUGCUUUUCGAAUCCAGGGGACUCGUUUGUUAGGGCUGCCAAGAUGGGAUUAAGUGAUGAUCUUCAAGGGAGUCUGGAAUCACUGGCAUGGGGAAAGAGUCCUUCCAUAGGCAGUGGUUCUUCAUUUGAAAUUAUCUACUCUGGAAAGGGAUAUGAGCCUGCUAAACCAACAGAUGUGUAUGCUCUGCUGCGUAACCAUGUCACAUCAAAUAAGCCAAAGGUGAAGGUCACUCUUAAUGAAGACAAUGAAAUGGCUGGAAAGUCUCUUGCUCAACGUCUUUAUAAGCUUGAUGAUCUCAAUAAAAAGUGUUGUAGAAGCCAGUGGUCAAUUGCAAAUUUGAGAAAAUUCCUUUCAUUCAACGACAUAAAGAAGCUCUCUCAGGCACUGAAGCAAAUGUUGUCCAAAUAUGCUAUUGAUUGCGCGUUAAGUGAAGCAGACAAGUCCCUAGCAAUGAUGGCAUUACAUUUUCAUCCCCGAAGGAGUGAGAAGAUUGGAAAAGGCGCACUGGAAAUAAAGAUUGGUUACCACAAAGAAUAUGAAGAUUCGCGCUGCUUUAUGUUGGUGCGUACAGAUGGAACUGUUGAAGACUUCUCGUAUCGCAAGUGCCUACAACAUGCUCUGGAACUGAUUGCUCCUCAAAAGGCAAAAACCUAUAAAUGGGUGAAUGGAGCAUCUGGCACGAGUACGUGCAAUUGUUGAACGCCCGUUAGCCAAUGGUACGUCAAGACAAAUGACGUGAUCAUGUAACAUAUAGUUUUACUAAAUAGGUAAAAACCGAUAUAGGGUACCCCGUAAUCUUAUGCUUCUCAUUGCUGCUCCCACUAAGGUUUGUUUGCCUUUCAUAUGGCUUAAGGCAAAGGGAAAUUAGUGGGAGUAGCAACGAAAAGCUCUGAGGGGCAAUGCAUUUCUUGUUGUAUUAGUUAAGAAUGUUUCAUCAAUGAAAACAAUUUCAAACUUUCAGUAGCUUUAGCCUAUUUUUUCCCAUU